CGACUUUCAGUCAUCAACUUUCCUCAUUUUGGCCAUAACCAAACACUGAUAUCACUUCUGCAUGCUGUUGCGAUUUGUUUCACCAGCUGUCAAAUCCCUGCAAGAUGAAUCAUGCCGGGUCAAAAAAUCUUGUGCGUCGCAGAAAAGCCUGCGAUAGCCAAGGCAGUCGCUCAGCAUCUUGCAGGCGGUCAAGUCACUACACAUCCCAUUCGUGGCAAUCAAUACGUCAAGAACUAUGAGUUUGAUUACAACUUUCGACAGUGGGGGAACUGUUCGGUCACCAUGACCAGCGUGCUGGGCCACUUAACUGGUUUGGAUUUCGACCCGAAGUACAAGAGCUGGAAAUCUUGUCAUCCGCGAGAAUUGUUUGACGCAAACACUGUCACAACUAUCGACAAGGACAAAAAGUCUGUUGCCGAAAACAUCCAGCAGCAAGCCCGUCAUGCUCGAGUGCUGUUCAUAUGGACUGACUGUGAUCGAGAAGGUGAGCAUAUCGGUGGCGAAGUACGCGAUCAAGCAAAGAAGGGCAAUCCCAACAUCAUUGUCAAGCGAGCAAGAUUCAGCAACACUGAGAAGGCACAUGUUGUCCAAGCUGCACAGUCUCCCAUUGAUAUGGAUGAGUGUCAGGUCAAUGCAGUCGCUGCCCGGAUAGAACUUGACCUCCGGAUAGGUGCAUCUUUCACGAGGCUACAAUGUCUAGAGCUUCAGCGUCUCAGCGAAACACUCCACGAUCAAACAAUCAGUUACGGAUCAUGCCAGUUCCCCACCCUAGGCUUUGUCGUUGACCGCUACAAUCGAGUCAGGAAUUUUAAACCAGAAACAUUCUGGCUGAUCAAGUUGACACACACGCGUGACAAGAUCAAGGUCAACUUCAAUUGGCAAAGAGUCCAUCUUUUUGACAGAGCAGCAGUCACCAUCAUUUUCGAAGCAUGUCUCGAUGACAAAUUGGCCACUGUCACAAAGGUCCAGAAGAAGCCUACCUCAAAAUGGCGUCCACUACCACUGACUACAGUGGAACUGCAAAAGCAGGGUAGUCGCUUCUUGUGCAUGACCAGUCACCAAGUCAUGGCGGUCGCCGAGAAGCUCUACCAGAAGGGUUUUAUCAGUUAUCCACGUACCGAAACGGACCAAUUCCCUCGGGAAUUCGGAUUUGAAGCUCUCAUUCAACGACAGACUCAGGAUAACAGUUGGGGCCAGUUUGCACAGGGGCUCAUCAACGGUGGUUUCCACACCCCUCGCUCAGGUAGUCACAACGAUCAAGCACAUCCACCUAUUCAUCCUGUCAACUAUGCUGCGGCCUCGGCACUCGACCAGAACGAAAAGAAGGUAUACGAGUUCGUGGUCAGGCGAUUCCUUGCUUGCUGCUCGGAAGAUGCCAAGGGAGAAGCGACGGAUAUUGAAGUGCGAUGGGGCUCGGAGACAUUUCAUACGCAUGGCCUUCUUGUUCUUCAGCGGAAUUACCUCGAUGUCUAUCCAUACGACAAGUGGGAGAGUAGUCAGCAACUACCUGCUUAUACUGUUGGAGAAACGUUCAAGCCGACCGAAGCGAACAUGGUUGAUGGCAAGACAACGGCCCCAGGAUACUUGACGGAACCGGAAUUGAUCACGUUGAUGGACGCAAACGGCAUAGGAACAGAUGCCACAAUGGCCGAGCAUAUUGCCAAGAUCAAAGACCGCGCCUAUGUGGACACAAGACCGCGAUCUGGAGGAGGGCGCAAUUCAGUACAGGAAUUCAUCCCUACCACGCUUGGCGUGGCCUUGAUAGAGGGCUACGACAAUGUGGGACUUGACGUCAGCGUCAGCAAACCAUUCCUUCGCAAAGAGAUGGAGCUCAAGAUGAAGGCCAUCUGUGAAGGUCGGCGAAGCAAGACUGAGGUGGUGCAAGAGAGCUUGGACCAAUACCGUGAAGUGUUUGUCAAGACGAAUAGCCAGAUCGGUGCUUUGAGAGACGCUGUGACGAAAUAUGUGGUGAACGGUGGUCGAGGAUGAAAAAUUGGUCGAGCUCGUCAUUC